CCCCUCCUGCGGUCUCCAGCCGUUUCUCGGCCGGCUGCGGCGGCUUCUCCCGGUCCCGCUGGAUGAGUAACAGCUCUGGCUGGGUCGGCGCGGGGAUCAUGGGCGGAGAAGCCGUGACAGGUCUGAGCACAGCCCGGCGGUGUCGCUGGGCGGGGGAAGAAGGAGGCGCCCCCCGGGGGUAGGAGGGGAGCCGGGAGAGAACCUGAGCGGAGGCACCGGAGAAGCCCUGCCUCCGGCCGAGGAGUCCCACAGACAUCGCAGGCGCGGCGCGGCGCGGCGCGGCACAGCCGCCUAGACCCCCGGAGGAGAGCCGCCGGCGUCAAAGGCGCGCCCAGCCCGGCUGGAACGCCUGGCUCUCUCCCGCCCCAUCCAUGCCGCUCUCCCGCUCGCUGGCUCCUUGAGCCCGGAUCCCCUCUGAUGUCGGGUCCCCGGAGCGCCUUGCAGGCCUGGUGCCGCCGCCAAUGCGAGGGCUACCCUGGCGUGGAGAUCCGAGACCUCAGCAGCUCCUUCCGGGACGGCCUGGCCUUUUGCGCCAUCCUCCAUAGGAACCGGCCGGAUUUGCUGGAUUUCAACACACUUUCUAAGGAAAAUGUAUAUGAGAACAAUCGCCUGGCAUUUGAGCUGGCAGAGCAAGAGCUGGGGAUCCCCGCCUUGCUGGACCCCAGCGACAUGGUCUCCAUGAGGGUUCCUGACUGCCUUAGCAUCAUGACCUAUGUGUCUCAGUAUUACAACCAUUUUAACAACCCCAACCAAGCCAGAGUCCCUCCACCUAUGAAGCACCCAACAGUUUCCUCUGCCCCCACUUUGCCAGUGCACAGGGCUGUGGUUGGAUCCGAGACCUCGUUGGCUUCCCAGGACGAUGUUGCAGAAGGCCUGGCUGAGCAGUCCCAGCGCACUACCCUCAGUAGCACAUGUGUAGCUUGCCAACAACAUGUUCACCUGGUCCAGCGCUAUCUGGCGGAGGGUAAACUGUACCACCGUCAGUGCUUCAGGUGUAAGGAAUGCUCCAGCACACUCCUCCCUGGAUCUUACAAGCCUGGGCCAGAAACAGGCACAUUUGUGUGUACCCAACAUCGUGGCAAACGGAGCCUGAGCAGGCCCAACCCCGAUCUUCAGCAUCCAGAGAAAAGGACUGAGGCUGGGAUAGAAAGUGCUGGUAAGGAUGAAGAGAAUGGGGUGUUAGAAACUCAUCCAUCAGCUGCUGGAGAGAUGGGGGAAAGAACAGCUGAUGGAGUGGCAAUUGAGGUGCCGCCUGCCCAGCCGAAGAGUGAAGCAUUCCACUCUACACGUGGCUCUGAAUCUGGCCUCCAAAUGCCUCCCAAGCCUCCUGUGCCAACCAAACCAGCACUGCUGAGCCAGGAUAAAGCCAACCUGCAUCAUGGACAGCUCAAGGAGACCCGACCCACCCCUGCCCCCAGGAGAGUCACAGACACAGCAGCUCUGUCUCCACCCAGCUCUCAUCCUGUCCCGAAGCCCAGAGCCAACAUGCAGAAUGAGGGCACCUAUGAGCCAGGCUGUGGCGUCGUCAAUGGUGGGGCUCCUGAAUCUGGACCUCCAGUUCCAAAGCCCAGAGGCAGACCAGCUUCCUCAGACCGAGCUGGAGACACUCCACGGGGAAAGGACCCUCCAUGGAUCGUGCUGGUCCAGGCAGAGCCCAAGAAGAAACCUGCUCCUCCCCCUCCUGGUCCCAACAAAGAUACUCCACCAAGGGCUUCUGAAGAGGAAGAAGAUGGAGAAGAAGCAGCAGAGGAGGCAAGAGGCAGAGAGAGCAGGCCUCGGGAGCCAAAACCUUACAACCCCUUUGAGGAGGAGGAGGAGGAUGCUGUUGCAGAGGAGGAGUCUGUCACACCAGCAACCACACAACAGCCAGAGCAGACCGAAGCCACCCCCAAGGUCCUCCAUCCCUGGUAUGGCAUCACACCUACCAGCAGCCCAAAGACCAAGAAGCGGCCAGCUCCAAGGGCUCCCAGUGCCUCUCCACUUGCUCACCACUCCAUCUCGAGGCUUUCCCACUCAGAGCCACCCUCCUCCACCCCGUCUCCUGCCCUCAGCCUGGAGAGCAUCACAUCUGAGUGUUUGGCCAAGACUGCUGGCAACCUGGAUGAGACCUCUGUGCCUAAGAGCUCAUCAGAGCCAAUGGUCCAUGCUCCAACAGCUUCCACAGUCUCCUGCUCAGGCCCUCCACUCGCUAGCACCUCUUCUAGUGAGAUCCCUGCUGCUCUGCCCAGCUGCUCCACAAACUCCUCCUUUUCAUCGUCCAGUGAUUUAGCUGCCUAUAGUAAUGGAACAAAUUUACAGGCUACCAGAAGCUGUUCAGCUGGCAACUUGAAAACCAGCCCGGGACGAAUGUCUCCAAGGCUUCCUCCUGGUGCUGCUCCAACCCCUAUCCUCUUAACAUCUGAACCGAGUGAGAUUGUUACGAACUCUCCCUCACCCAAGGCACAGCAGAAGUCUUCGUGUAAAGAGAAUCCCUUCAACCGGAAGUCCUCACCUGUUACUUCCCCUUCGAUUAAGAAGAUCCCAAAGGGACCCAAGCCAGCAAGGCCUCCUGCUCCAGGACACGGUUUCCCGCUAAUCAAGCGGAAGGUUCAGUCAGAUCAGUACGUCCCAGUGGAGGAUAUUUAUGGUGAGAUGGACAGCAUUGAGCAGCAGUUGGAUGAGCUGGAGCACCGAGGAGUAGAGCUGGAAAGGAAGCUCCGCAGCAUGGAGAAGGAUGCUCCUGAAGAUGGUCUGCUGGUUGAUUGGUUCAAGCUCAUCCAUGAGAAGCACAUGCUGGUGCGUCGUGAGUCUGAACUCAUCUACAUUUUUAAGCAACAGAACUUGGAGCAGCGCCAGGCAGAUGUGGAGUAUGAACUUCGGUGCCUUCUCAAUAAACCUGAGAAAGAGUGGACAGAUGAGGACCGGGUGAGGGAGAAGGUGCUGAUGCAAGAGCUGGUCACCAUAAUUGAACAACGGAAUGCCAUCAUCAAUUGCCUGGAUGAGGACCGGCAAAGGGAGGAAGAGGAGGAUAAAAUGUUGGAAGCUAUGAUUAAAAAGAAAGAAUUUCACAAGGAGGCAGAAGCUGAUAGUAAGAAGAAAGGAAAAUUCAAGCCCAUGAAAGUGUUGAAGCUACUUGGAAACAAACAUGAGUCAAAAAACAAAUCUCCCAAGGAGAAAAGCUAGAGCAUGUCAGAGCCGGAAGGAUGCCACACUUCCAUAAUUGCAGUGAUCCUCUUUGACUGGCACCUGGCAAACAGGACUUCUGUUUCCUGCCUUUUUAAAAGAAGCUGUGCCUCAUCAUAAACCAAAGCUGGCUCUUCCUAGAGGAAUUCCAUCAACUUCCAGCCAUAGACACUCCUGUGCCUAGUAAAAGGGGGUAGGCACGGCAUGUCCGAUCAGCACUGAAAAUUACAGAGGGACAGACUGGAGGAGAGAGAGCUGCUUGUUCCUUCAGUUUCAGGGUGGGGUGGAGGAAACUGAAAUAGCUUUAGACUUCCUCAGUUGUGUGUUCUUUAUUAUUAAUGGUUCUCAGCAGUACAUAAUUUGGGUGUCUGUGGGAAACUUGCACUAAUUGUUCCCCUUCUCUAACUGUGAUAGUCACAUGUGCCUCGAACCCUUCUGUGCUGGAGCAGGGGAGGCUUUCCAUUGUCCUUGGCCCCUCCUUCCACACAGGAAGCCCUUCUUUUUUGAUCUGCUUGUCAAAAAUCUCACUUUGGUCACUUAAAAUGUUUAGGCUUUGAGAGCAGGAUUAUUUUACUUUUGUUGGUUUAAACUAUUAACCAGAGAAAUCUCUCAGCUCUCUCUGGUUAACCAGAGAGAUUAUAGAAUCAGCCCUAAACCUAACCCCUAUUCCUCAAAACCUUCCCUGCCAGUGAAGGAGAGGUUCUACGAAUGUCGGACCUCUUGGAAACUAUUCAGUAAAGCAGGGAGGUAAAACUGAGGAGGUACUGGUGCAGGUCCAAACAGGUCCCUCUCUUUUGCUGCUGCUACUAAUUUCGUCCACUGUGCUCCUCAGGGGACAAGGCAGGCAGGGGAAUGGUCACACCUUCCCUGCCCACUGCUAGGGUAUAGGAGGAAGAUGUCAAGCUAUACUCCGUGCCAACAAGGUUUCCUUUUUGCCUUCCUCACCAGUGCCACCCUGUACUCCAAUUGGGAGCGAUCUCAGCUACUCCUCCACUGGAUCGGUCUGUAUAUACUUUUCUUAGUGUGCAAGAGGGGGUUUUGUACAGUUCUUUCUUAGCUGAAUGUCAAGCCCCCACAUCUCUUUGUGCUCAGUCUUGUGUGCGCACACACAGACAUGCUUUUGCAUGUGUUGGGAGAGGAGAGGCAUCUUCCCUUCUUCCUUCCUGCCUUCUCUUCUCAAUCGAGGAGUUAUUUAUUAAAAUGUUUUGUUUUGUCUGAGUUAGACACUGAUAGUAUUGUAGGUGUUGGUUAGUCAGCUGUUAGUCUUGGGUUCUUGUUAGCAGAGGAGAUGCUCAGCCCAGAGCAAAUUGCUGUGCUGCCUUAUCUAAACGCAUUGAAAUGUUUUACCAGUCUUCAUUACAGGUGUGUGGUUGGGGGGGGGGGAGUUCCCCACUGUUGCCACACCUACUUGAAGCAACAUCCUCAUUCCCUACAAGUGGAUGAUGUCAAACACCCUAUUGCAAGGUCACCCCUGAGUUUGAUCCCAAAGCACAACUUCCCCUCUGUAAAAGAAAACAAACUUGUAUUAUUAAAAGGUACCAGAUCUACUCCCAUCUGAAAUCCUCUGUCCUCAAUGGACAUUAUUAUACUGUAUUAACCACAAUCUCCACUGACAUUCAGGGAAUAAAAAUUAAACA